UUCCACGGUACUCGCCUAAGCCGCUAGCUGGUGCACGCCUACAUUAAAUAAACCCAUUGAUUAUAAUCCUCACUGUACACAGCGGAAUCCUCUGCGGUUAUUUGCUGCCUCACUCUAACUUUGGUUCAAAUAAAGCAAAGAAAUGGACAACACUGGGAAAGAGAAGGAAGCGAUUCAGCUAAUGGCCGACGCUGACAAAAAAGUCAAGUCCUCUGGCUCUUUUUUGGGAGGGAUGUUUGGAGGAGGACAUCACAAAGUGGAAGAAGCAUGUGAGAUGUACUGCAGAGCAGCCAACAUGUUCAAGAUGGCCAAGAACUGGAACGCUGCUGGAAAUGCAUUUUGCAAGGCUGCACGUAUCCAUAUGCAGCUGCAGAACAAACAUGACAGUGCCACCAGUUUCAUUGAUGCAGGAAAUGCUUUCAAGAAGUCUGACCCUAAUGAGGCAAUCAAGUGUUUAAAUGCUGCCAUCGAUAUAUACACAGACAUGGGAAGAUUCACCAUCGCAGCCAAACACCACAUCAGUAUCGCAGAGAUCUACGAGUCUGAGAUGGUGGAUAUCGAAAAGGCUAUUGCCCAUUAUGAACAAGCAGCAGACUACUACAAAGGAGAAGAAUCCAACAGUUCUGCCAACAAGUGUCUGCUGAAGGUAGGGGCUUACAGUGCUCAGUUGGAGCAGUACCAGAAGGCUAUUGAGAUCUACGAGCAGGUUGGAGCCAGCACGAUGGACAACACACUGCUGAAAUACAGCGCCAAAGAGUAUUUCUUCAAAGCCUCCCUCUGUCAUUUUAUUGUCGACGAGCUCAACGCUAAGAUUGCUGUUGAAAAAUAUGAGGAGAUGUUCCCGGCUUUCUCAGACUCUCGAGAAUGCAAACUGUUGAAGAAACUUCUUGAGGCUCAUGAGGAGCAGAACAGCGAGGCUUUCACAGAGGCAGUAAAGGAGUUCGACUCAAUCUCACGCCUGGACCAGUGGCACACAACCCUCCUGCUGCGCAUCAAAAAGACCAUCCAGGGUGAUGAAGGGGAUCUGAAAUGAAAGAAACCCGGGGGUAGAAAUGCAGCACAGAGGGACAAAUCCAUCACGCAUGCUUUCACACACACAAACACACACUCUUUCACUCACCUCACUGUGUAUAGCAUCUGGAGAUGAGUGUCUGCUGAUGAUUUUGAAUAUUCCACUGCUCACUGCUAUACCGUCAGAGUACUAUCUUUGCUUUCCUUACAAGCAUUUCUGAAUCUAGUCAGAAUGUAAAUCCUCUCGCCCUCACCUCUGUCUAGAGGAUUGCUGCAUACCUUUUCUGCUGAAAUCUGUCCUGAGGGAUUUUGGAGCGGUAUAUUGUAUUGAAACUGAUGUUAGUAUUGACAACAAGCACUGCAUGUUUUGUACAAUUAUUGUUUCCUAGUCAGAUGCAGCUUGUUUUUUUAAUCUAGUUUAUUAUAUAUUAAAACAGAUUCUUUAAAUGUUUCAGUUUGUUGUACAUAAGAUUAUCAUGGUGUGUAUGGAUGUACCAUUAUCUUAAUUUUUUAUUUGUUGGAGUAGAAGAGAAGGGAUCAAAUCAAUGUCAUGGUGGUUCUUUAAACUAAAGUCAUCACAGCCACAAAAAAGUGAUUUUGUUUCCAUUUUAUCACCAAGGGGGGGGGACUCUUCUUGAAGAAGGGCAAUGAUAUGCACCAAGUGUAGACUGUUAAACAUUUGUAUCUAAUCACAACCAUACACAUUAAUACUUAAAUUACAUUACUUUAGGAUUAUUUAUUAUUACUUUAAGAUUUGUUGAUGUAAUAAUACGUUGAAUAUUUGAAUCUGUAAGCUGUGAUUUAUAGUUUGCCUGUGAAAAGUGUAUUUUUUAAUCAAAAGCACUGACAUGGAAACCCUUACUCCUUAUUUCCAGGGAAGUAAUCUUGAGGUAAUGUGCAUCUUUAGUCACUUAUCUCGUGCUGUGUUGUGAUGUGAACUUAUCAUUGAAGGUUUACUACUGCAGUGCACCCUCCAAAUGGCCAGUCGCUAAGCAUGUCAUUGUGUAUAGUUUAGUGUUGUGUUACAUUCACGAGUGUGAGCCAGACCAAAGUUUUUACAAAAGGGUCAAUCGCCCUGCGUAUCCAGCUUCUUCCAGAUGGAAUGACAAUGGACCUUGGAUAUGACCUGUACGCUUGUGCGAAUGGACAAUAAUAAAGAUAUUAUAUCCCA